AUACCUACCUCACGAUAGAUAUAUAUAUGCGGGCUAUCAUACUAUAAGCAGUCAAUAAACGAGCUUCACUGUGGCCGGUUGUUUUCUUACUACUAGUUACUACCCGAUAUCUCAGUGUCGACGAGGUGCUAAUUAAUUUAUCCACGCGUUCAAAAUGGCGGCGUUUUUAGGAAAUUUAUCUGUUUUUGAUCACAAAGUGCAAGAAUGGGAGAUAUUUUUCAGCCGUUUAGAUCAGUUUAUCAAACUUAAUAAAAUAGACAAAGAUCUAAAAAGUGCCGUACUGUUAACGCAUUUAAGUGAUGAGUCAUAUCGGUUAGUGAGUAACUUGGUACAUCCAAAAAACAUUCAAGAAGUGCCAUAUGAUGAGCUAGUUAAGGCUCUGGACGAUCAUUUUAAACCGAUAAGGUCAACGUUCGGUGACAAAGCAAAGUUCUAUGACGCAAUGAAAGGGCACGAAGAAAGUGUCGAAGAAUGGGCGGCGCGACUGCGUGGACUGGCGAUCCACUGCGGCUUCGGCACAGCCCUGGACACCGUUCUUCGUGAUCGGUUCGUGCUCGGAUUCCACACCGGGCCGGAGCGAGACCGAUUGUUUGAGCAGAACUCGACCGAAUUGACCUUCGCAAGGGCGGUGGAGGUGGCGAAGCAGGCUACGAGCGCGCGCGCAGCGCGGGUGGCGGCCGGGAGCUCCCUGGCAGCAGCACCGUCGGUGAAGGAGGAGCCGCUGUACCGCAUGAGCGGGGCCCGCAGCGGCGCAGGCCGGGCCGCCGCCGGGCCCGCCCGCCCCGGGAACGAAGAGCGGUGCAAAGUGUGCGGUCUCCGUAAUCACAAUGCGGAAAAGUGUCGGUAUAAAAAUCUAAAGUGUCAAAAGUGUGGAAAGAAAGGCCACCUAAAGAAAGUGUGUGUAAAAAAAGAGUGUAGUGUGCAUAACCUAGAUGUCGAUACGGAAUGCGACGAGAGCAACCUUCAGGCAAUCUGUAAAGAGUGCGAACUAUUUCAUUUGAGAGCUUCGAAAUAGUGUUGGAGGAGUGUGGUAUACCUACCUCACGAUAGAUAUAUAUAUGCGGGCUAUCAUACUAUAAGC